AUGCCAAGAUCCAUGUCAAACCCUCCGAAAUGCUUGGCUGAAAGAUUAAAUCAGGACCGCCUCCUGAUUUCCUUGCUGAACCUCCCAGCAGCUCGGCUGGCGCCUGCCGAAAAGUGUGAUAUGAAAAGUGACAGAACAGAAUCACAGCUCCCGUGUUUGUCGGGGGCAGAUGUUGCAACACCCUGCGCGCCGAUCCCUUCUUGUUUUUCAUUUCCAGGCUGCUCAAGGCUUUGGCGAGCGUUCAUUCUUGGCCUUCCUCAAGCUGUCCGUGGCAGUACCGUGACAGAGCUGAGAGCCUCCCUUGGUUUCUGA